UUAAAAGUGCACAUGACUUACCACACACCAGAUCGAACCCCCACCAUUCAAUUUUCCCUCACCCCCUCAUCUCCUUCCUCGCCGCCGCCGAUGGCUAAUUCCGGCCAAAAGUUCGACGUAAUUGUCGUCGGAGCAGGCGUCAUGGGAAGCGCCAUCGCUUACCAGACCUCCAAGCGCGGCCUCAAAACCCUCCUCCUCGAACAAUUCGACUUCCUCCACCACCGCGGCUCCUCCCACGGCGAGUCCCGGACCAUCCGCGCCACCUACCCGGAGGACUACUACCCCGCCAUGGCUCUAGAAGCUUCCCGCCUCUGGGAGGAAGCCGAAGCCGAAGCCGGUUACAAAGUCUACUUCAGAACCAAGCACCUGGACUUCGGUCCCAACGACAACAAAGCUCUCCUCGCCGUCGUCGACAGCUGCACCAAAAAUUCAAUUCCUUACCGUCUCCUGAAUCCGGCGGAGGUCCUCCAGGAGUUCGCCGGACUCUUCCGCCUGCCGGAGGAUUGGAUCGGCGUCGUCACCGACGAAGGCGGAGUAAUCAAGCCGACCAAAGCCGUCGCAAUGCUCCAAACCUUAGCUCUCCAAAACGGCGCCGUUUUGAGGGAUAAUGCAGAAGUAAUUGAAAUCAAUAGAGACGGAGGAACAAACGAGAUCGUCGUUUCCACGGCGGCCGGCGGGGAAUUCCGCGCCGGAAAAUGCGCAAUCUCGGCGGGGCCGUGGACGCGCCGCCUCGUUAAAAAAGUGAAAGGAUUGGUCCUCCCAAUCCAGCCAUUAGAGACUUCCGUCCAUUACUGGAAGAUCUCUAAAGGCCACGAAUUCAAAUUCACAAUCGCCGCCGGUUUCCCAACGUUCGCCUGCUACGGCGUGCCGUACAUCUACGGCACACCGUCGCUCGAGUUCCCGGGGCUGAUCAAGGUGCCAUUGCACGCCGGCCGCCUCUGCGAGCCGGAGGACCGGACAUGGGCGGCAUCGCCUGCGGCGACUGCCGCCCUCCGCGACUGGAUUGCGGCGCGGUUCGGGGAUGCAAUCGACGCCGCCGCCGGAAGCCCGGCGAUCACGCAAUCUUGCAUGUACUCGAUGACUCCCGACGAGGAUUACGUGAUCGAUUUCCUCGGCGGCGAGUUCAGGGAGGAUGUUGUGGUGUGCGGCGGAUUCUCCGGCCACGGGUUCAAAAUGGCGCCAGCGGUGGGGCGAAUUGUGGCGGACAUGGUGGGAGGAGGAGGUGGCGGCGAUCGGACGGAGGACGAUUUCUGGCUGGCGCGCUUCCGCGCCGGAAGAUUCCACGGCGAGUGUAAGGGAAACGAGAAGCUUUUCGAGGAACAAGUGAAGAAUUCAAAUUGAAGCAGAAUUGCAGCCAUUGAAGUCCCUGUCGUCUUCAAGAUCAAGAAUUGCCAAUUCAAUAAAUAAAUCAGUCAAUAAUAAUAUUUGGGAAUUUCUACUACCCAUUUUCAAAAAACAAAAGAAGUAGAGAGAUAUAGAGAAUUGCUUGUCUUGCAACAAACUAGGGCUAUAUUUCUACAGCUUAAAUUUCUACUGUAUUGUGUGUGUAUAUACUUAAACUAUUUGACAAA